UUGUAACGGUCCUCUACCCUAAAAUCCCUUGUUGGGGCCCUGCAACCUUGAGCUUCCGACUGGCGACGCCUUCGGUCCCUCGAAGUGUCUGCAUUGGCGGCUGGUCGGCCUUCGGUGUGGAGUAAUUGACGCUUUCGAGAAUAUUAAAAUCAAUUUAGAGAAGAAAACUGAUCCAUAAUAACAAAAAUGUCUCGAAAAAUUUCAAAGGAGUCAAAAAAAGUGAACAUCUCUAGUUCUCUGGAAUCUGAAGAUAUUAGUUUAGAAACAACAGUUCCUACGGAUGAUAUUUCCUCAUCAGAAGAGCGAGAGGGUAAAGUCAAAAUCACCAGGCAGCUAAUUGAACGAAAAGAACUGCUUCAUAAUAUUCAGUUACUAAAAAUUGAGCUAUCCCAGAAAAAUAUGAUGAUCGACAAUUUGAAAGUAGAAUAUUUUACAAAGAUUGAAGAAUUGGAGGAGAAACUUAAUGAUGCACUUCACCAGAAGCAGCUGCUGUCAUUGAGAUUAGACAACCAAUUGACUUUUCAACAGAAAGAUGCCAGCAAAUAUCAAGAAUUAAUGAAACAAGAAAUGGAAACCAUUUUAUUGAGACAGAAACAACUAGAAGAGACUAAUCUUCAGCUAAGAGAAAAAGCUGGAGAUGUUCGUCGAAACCUGCGUGACUUUGAGUUGACAGAAGAGCAGUAUACUAAAUUAAAAGCUUUUCCUGAAGAUCAGCUUUCUAUUCCUGAAUAUGUAUCUGUUCGGUUCUAUGAACUAGUGAAUCCAUUAAAAAAGGAAAUCUGUGAACUGCAAGUGAAAAGGAACUUCCUAGCAGAAGAAUUGAGUACAAACAAAGACCAACUGAAGCAGCUGACAGAGACAUAUGAGGAAGAUCGAAAAAACUACUCAGAAGUUCAAAUUAGAUGUCAACGUUUGGCCUUAGAAUUAGCAGACACAAAACAGUUAAUUCAGCAAGGUGACUACCGUCAAGAGAACUAUGAUAAAGUCAAGAGUGAACGUGAUGCAUUUGAACAAGAAGUAAGUGAGCUUAGGAGAAAACAUGAAAUACUUGAAGCCUCUCACAUAAUUCAAACAAGAGAAAGAAGUGAAUUAUCAAAAGAGGUGGCCACCUUACAGCAGACUGUUACUUUACUGCAAAAGGAUAAAGAAUAUCUCAAUCGCCAAAACAUGGAGCUUAGUGUUCGCUGUGCCCAUGAAGAGGAUCGACUUGAAAGACUUCAGGCUCAACUUGAAGAAACCAAAAAGGCUAGAGAAGAGAUGUAUGAAAAAUAUGUAACAUCCAGAGACCAUUAUAAAACAGAAUAUGAAAAUAAACUACAUGAUGAACUAGAACAAAUCAGAUUGAAAACCAAUCAAGAAAUUGAUCAACUUCGAAAUGCUUCCAGGGAAAUGUAUGAACGAGAAAACAGAAAUCUCCGAGAAGCAAGGGAUAAUGCUGUGGCUGAAAAGGAACGAGCAGUGAUGGCUGAAAAGGAUGCUUUAGAAAAACACGAUCAGCUCUUCGACAGGUACAGAGAACUACAGCUUAGUACAGAAAACAAAGUAACAGAAUUUCUCCAUCAAAGUAAGUUAAAAUCUUUUGAAAGUGAGCGUGUUCAACUUCUACAAGAGGAAACGGCAAGAAAUCUCACACAGUGUCAAUUGGAAUGUGAAAAAUAUCAGAAAAAAUUGGAGGUUUUAACCAAAGAAUUUUAUAGUCUCCAGGCCUCUUCUGAAAAACGCAUUACUGAACUUCAAGCACAGAACUCAGAGCAUCAAGCAAGGCUAGACAUUUAUGAGAAAUUGGAAAAAGAACUUGAUGAAAUAAUAAUGCAGACUGCAGAAAUUGAAAAUGAGGAUGAGGCGGAAAGAGUUCUUUUUUCCUAUGGCUAUGGUGCUAAUGUUCCCACAACAGCCAAAAGACGACUGAAGCAAAGUGUUCACUUGGCAAGAAGAGUCCUUCAAUUAGAGAAGCAGAACUCGCUGAUUUUAAAAGACCUGGAACAUCGAAAGGACCAAGUGACACAGCUUUCACAAGAGAGACAGGGUUUCACCAUGUUGCUCAAGCCAGUUUUGAACUUCCGGGCUCAAGUGAUCCACCUGGGUACUGGAAUUAAAGAUGUGCCACUGCAUCCAGCCAAGAAGUUAAUAUUUUAAAACUUUUACAAGUUACUUAUCUUAUAAUAAAGGGAUUUUUAAAGACAUACAUUAAAUAAAGUUAAUAUAUGUCAUGUAUUCUUUAUUUUCUUAAGGAUCUGUUUAUAAUCUUUACAUUGUCUUUUAGUACUGUAACAUCAGGAGGAUCUUUAUUCUCAAAUUUCAAAAGACCAGAAAUAUUUCAUUUUACUGCAGUACCUGACACAUAGUUAAUGUUCAGGGUAGAAACAGUAGUGUGUUGGUAAUUGUUAACAACCAGGUUUCCAAGAGGGAUAUUAGGGACAGCUCGAUUUGCAGCAUGGACUUGUGUCUGUUGUAUUAUAAAUAUUCCCACCAUGGCUAACUUCAAACUGCCAACCUGAGGUUACUGAAGAUGGAGUAAAGAGUGUCAGCAGCAUACUAGUACUUAAUGUUUGCACCAUACAGAUACAACAAACGUGAGUAAACUCAAGCACGUAGAAAAUAGUAAAAUAAUUUUAAAUUGACAAAUUUGAUUAUUUUUACCUUUGUUUUUAGUAAAAUGUAUUUUACUAUAAAUAUAAGUAAUUUAGUUUUUAAUGGUAUUUGUUUGACAGCCAGCUCACAAAGUUCCUAAAAAUUCUCUAGAUUUAUUUGUGCUUCAUUCUUUUCAUUAAUUUCAUUAUGUGGAUGUACCACAGUUUGUUUAUCCAUUCACUUGUUGAUGGACAUUGGGAUCAUUUCCAGUUUUUAGCAUAAAGCUCAUAUGAACAUUCAUGUUCAAGUCUUUGUAUGAAAUAAUAGAGAACUCCUACAAGCUGCUGUAGCAAACUCCAGAACACCACUGGGUGAAAGAAAAGAUAAAUAAAUGAAUAACUAAAGAAACAAAUGAACCUCUGUUUGCUAAUAUACUGUAGACCCCUCAUGUUGGCUUUAAUUUCACAAUAAUUUUCAAAAAUAUUUUUUAAAAAAUAAAAUACGAAAAUACAUGCCUUCCUGAGCAUUUCAGUUAAUUGAAAUAAGAAUUUCUAGGGCUGGGCACGGUGCCUCAAGCCUGUAAUCCCAGCACUUUGGGAGGCCGAGGCGGGUGGAUCACAAGGUCAAGAAAUCAAGACGAUCCUGGUCAACAUGGUGAAACCCCGUCUCUACUAAAAAUACAAGAAAAAAUUAGCCAGGCAUGGUGGCGCGUGCCUGUAGUCCCAGCUACUUGGGAGGCUGAGGCAGGAGAAUUGUUUGAACUCAGCAAGUGGAGGUUGUGGUGAGCCGAGAUUGCGCCAUUGCACUCCAGCCUGGGUAAGAAGAGUGAAACUCCGUCUCAAAAAAAAAAAAGAAUUUCUAAAUGUGAGCUGGAUACAGUGGCUCAUGCCUAUAAUCCAGCACUUUUGAAGGCCAAGGUGGGAGGGUCUCAUGAGCUGAGGAGUUUGAGCCUGGGCUAAAAAUUCCUUUAUAUCUAAAAAUAAAGGUGCAGUGGCUCAUGCCUGUAAUCUCAGCCCUUUGGGAGGCCAAGGCAGGUGGAUCACUUGAGGUCAAGCAUUCGAGACCAGCCUGGCCAACAUGGUGGAACCCUGUCUCUACUAAGCAUACAGCAGUUAGCUGGGCAUGGUGGCAUAUGCCUGUAAUCCCAGCUACUUGGGAGGCUGAGGCAUGAGAAUCACUUGAGCCUGGGAGGCAGAGGUAUCAGUGAGCCCAGAUGGUGCCGUUGCACUCCAGCUGGGCAACAGAGGGAAACUCUGUCUCAAAAAAAGGAACAAAUUUCUAAAUGUGAACAAAUUUCUAUAAAUUGCUGGGAGAAAAUGUAAGAAACUAAGUGUUAAAUGCUCCUAUAAUUAAGUAUAAUUCACUUUGUAUAAAGUCAUUUUUAAAUAAGCAAUGGCUUAUAUUGAGAAAAAGACUCACAUGCUGAAAUAUUUAUGAUAUAAAAAGAUAUGGUACCUGGAAUUUGCUUUAAAAUAUUUCAUGAGAAAAGGAGGAAGGGCUCAAUAAAACAAGAAUCACAAAAUGUUAACGAAACUUUGAGCGAUGACGUUUACAUAUAGGUUUAGUACUCAGUUCUUCUGUAUUUUUGUGUAUGUUUGAAAACAUUUCAUAAGACAUUUGGAGAAAGAACCAGUAACCUUAUAUUAAAGGAUCUAUGCCAACCUCAGUAUAUAACUUUUCCCUUAAGAUUGAAAAUAAAGUAUUUAAUGUAUUCCAUGGAUCUUACUUUUUUCUGCUUCACAAAAAUUAUAUUGCUUACACUGAAAAUAAUUAUAUAAGCUAGCUGAAUGAUUAGUAUUAGUAUUAGAUUGCCAUUAUAACAAUAGACUAUUCAUAAUAGAUGGUGAAAUAAUAGAGAAAAUUCUCUCAGGAUCUCUAUUCUUUAUUUAUUUUAUUUUAUUUUUGAGACAGAGUCUUGUUGUCUCACCCAGGCUAGAGUGCAGUGUUCUUGGCUCACUGCAACCUCUGCCCCCGACUUUCAAGUGAUUCUCCUGUAUCAGCCUCCUGAGUAGCUGGUAUUACAGGUGCAUGCCACCACGCCGGGCUAAUUUUUUGUAUUUUUAGUGGAGACAGGGUUUCACCAUGUUGACUGGGCUGAUUCAGGAUCUCUAUUCUUUGGAUCAGGUUAAAUAUUUACAUCAGUUUGGCCUUUUUGAUAAUACAAAUAAAACACAAAUAACUAAUGUUAAAAUUAACAUUGAGCUAAAUGCUAUUCAGAUGAUAUCUGAGGUUAUACAUAAGUGAACUGACAAAAUGACAAUGCUAAGUAAUACCCAAAAUAAAAACAAAUAUUCCCCCUUUUAGCAGCUUUAUUGAGGUAUAAUUGAUAAUACAGUAACAUUUGGCACAUGAAUAUACCCAUGAAACUAUCACCAAAAUGAAGAUAAUGAAUACAUAUAUCUCCCCAAAAAUUUCCAUGUACGCCUUUGGAAUUCCUCCCUCCCAACUCUCCCAGUCUCAGUCCCUAAGCAACUACUGAUUUACUUUCAGUUACUAUAGAUUAGUUUGUAUUUUCUAGACUUUUAUAUAAGAGGAAUCUUACAGUAUAUAUAUACUUUUUAAUCUAUCUUCUUUCACUCUGCAUAAUUAUUUCAAGAUUUAUUUGUAGUUCUUUAUUUAUUUAUUUUAGAUGGAGUCUUGCUCUGUUGCCCAGGCUGGAGUGCAGUGGUGUGAUCUCGGCUCACUGCAACCUCCACCUCCCAGGUUCAAACAAUUCUCCUUCUUCAGCCUCCCAAGUAGCUAAUUUUUUUGUAUUUUUAGUAGAGACGGGGUUUCACCAUGUUAUCCAGGAUCUUCUCGAUCUCCUGACCAUGUUUAUUCACACACCUUGGCCUCCCAAAGUGCUGGGCUUACAGGCGUGAGCCACUGUGCCCAGCCUAUUUGUAGUUCAUUUUUUUCAUUACUGAGUAACAUUUCAUUGUGUGGGUGUGUCAGUUUGUUUAUCCAUUCACUUGUUGAUGGACAUUGGGAUCAUUUCCAGUUUUUGGAGUAAAGCUCAUAUGAACAUUCACAUACAAGUCUCUGUAUGGACAUACACUUUGAUUCCUCUUGGGUAAAUAUCUAGGAGUAGACUACCUGGAUCUUAUGGUAGGUGUCUAUUUGACAUCUUAAGAAACUGCAAAACUGUUUUCCCAGAUGUUUGUACCAUUUUACAUUUCCACCAAUAAUGUAUGAAAGUUCCAGUUUUUCUACAUCCUUGCCUUGAUGUGGUUAGUUUUUUUAUCCACUAUGGUGGGUGUGUAGUGGCAUAUCAGUGUGGUUUUAAUUUGCAUUUCCCUAGUGACUAAUGAUGUUGAGGAUCUUCUCAUUUGAGCUUUGCCCUCUGUUUAUUUUCUUGGAGAGGUGUCUCCUCACAUUUUGUGUCUGUUUUAUCAGAUUGUUUGUCCUCUUAUUCUUAAGUUUUGAGCAUUAUUUAUAUAUUCUAAAUACAAGUUCUUUAUCAGCUAAAUGAUUUGCAAAUAUUUUCUCCUAGCCUGUGGCUUACUGUUGCACCUCUUAAUGGUGUGUUUUUAUUUUUACUUCUUUAUUAUUAUUUAUUUUUAGAGACUGAGUCUUGCUCUGUUGCCCAGGCUGGAGUGCAGUGGUAUGAUCAUAGCUCAUUGCAUCCUCAAACUCUUGAGCUCGAGAGCCUCAAACUCUUACUAGGACUACAGUUACCAGCAACCACACCUAGCUAAUUUUUUUUAUUUUUUGUAGAGACGAGAUCUUGCUAUGUUGCUCAGAUUGUCUCGAACUCCUGGGCUCAAGUGAUCAUCCCACCUUGGCCUCUCAAAUGCUGGGAUUACAGGUGUGAGCCAUCACAACCAGACAACAGUGUCUUUUGAAGAGAUGCUUUUAUCCAAUACAGUUCAUCACUUUGUUUUUUUUUAUGAAUUGUGUUUUUGGUGUUCUAUUAAAAAAUCUUUGCCUAGCCUAGGGUCAUAAGGGGUUUUGUGUGUGUUUUCUUCUAGAUGUUUUAUAGUUUUAUAUCUGUGAUCCAUUGUUAAAUUUUUGUAUCAAGUAGAAGGUAUAGAUUGAAAUUUUUAUUUGCAUACUUGAAACUCAACUGUUCUAGCAUCAUUUGUUGAAAAAAACCUUUGUUGAAAAUCAGUUAAUCAUUUAUUUGUGAGACUGUUCUGUUUCACUCAUCUCUCUUUAUGUCAAUACUACAUUAUGUCGAUUGCUGUAGCUUUAUAAUAUCUGGACAUCAGACAGUAUUGGUCUUCCAAUACUGUUCAUUUUAAAAAUUGUUUGGCUGUUUUUUCUUUGUAUUUUUAUAUGAAUUCUAUCAUCAGUUCAUUCAUUUUUUUCAAAAACUAGUUGUGAUUUUGGUUGAUAUUACAUUGAAUACAUAGAUGAAGCAGAGAAAACUGACUUCUUAAUAUUGACUAUUCUGACUCAUGAACACACUGCAUCUUUAUGCUUAUUUAGGUCUUCUUUAAUUUCUCUUAAUACUAUUAUUUUUUAGUUUUCACUCUAAAACUAAAAGCUGUCAACUGUUUGACAUCUUUAUUGUCAAACUUUUACAGUGAAAACUACAAAACAGUAGUAUUAGCAGGGUGCAUGUUUUUCCAUCCUUCUUCUUUUAACCAGUCUGACAUAAUAUGAUUUGCAGUUGGAGAUUUUUUUAGAACACUUAACAGCUGGUAUAUUUAUCGAUAGAGUUAUAUUUAAGGUUUUCAUCUUGCUGUUGUUUUCUAUUUGGCCCAUCUACUUUUUGUUCACUUUUUUUUUCCUUGUCUUCUUUUGGACUAAUUGAAUUUUUUUAUCAUUUUAUUAUAUCUUGUUGCUGCUUAUUGGCUAUAACUUUAUCUUGUUAUUUCAAUGUUGCUUUAGAUUAUAGUAUAUAUCUUUAACCACCAUUUAGUUCCAAGUAAGUGAUGUUUAGUAAAAUAUAUGGCAUACAAACCUUAAACAGUAUAUUUAAAUUUGUUUCUCCAGCCUUUGUGUUCUUGCUGUUAUACAUUUUAUUUAUACAUGUAUGAACUCCCAUGCUACAUUGCUGCUAUUAUUACUUAAACAGUGAUAUCAGGCCAGGCACUGUGGCUCACGCCUGUAAUCCUAACACUUUGACAGCCUGAAGUGAGUGGAUCACCUGAGGUCAGGAGUUCGAGACCAGCCUGGCCAACAUGGGAAAACCCUAUCUUUACUAAAAAUAUAUAAAUUAGCUGUGCCUGGUGGCAGGUGCCUGUAAUCCCAGCUAUUCUGGAGGCUGAGGGCAGGAGAAUAUCUUGAACCUGGAGGAGGGAGGUUGUAGUGAGCCGAGAUUACGCCACGUCACUCCAGCCUGGGCAAAAGAGUGAAACUCUGUCUCAAAACAAUAAAUUAAAAUAAAUAGUGAUAAUCCUAUAAAGAGAUACGGUAAUAUGAAGGAAAUAUGUUAAAUUUAGCUAGUUACCGUACCUUGUGCUCUUUAUUCCUUUUAGUCAGUCUGAAUUUCAAUCUGAUAUCUAUUCUUUCUGGAUGAUGCACUUCCUUUAACGAUUUUUGUUGAGCAGGUCUAUGGUGAUAAAUUCUUUCUGUUUCUGUAUAUAGCAGGAAGUUGCUAUUUUAUAUAUUUUUGGUUUUUUGUUUUUACAUUUCUGACUAUUUUUGACAAAAGUCUAGAUUAAAAUACAAUUUUCACAGAUAAGCUAUAAAGCCAAAUUAACUGAAAGUAGGCAUUGAAGGGUUUACUUUUUUAUUGUGGUAAAAUUCAGAUCACAAAAUUCACCAUUUUAACAAUUCUAAAGUGUGCAAUUUAGUGGCUUAUGGUGUGUUUACAUUGUUUCAUGUACAUCACCACUAUCUAAAGAACAUUUUAUCACCUGGGAAGGAAACCUUGUACCCGUUAAGCAGUCACUCCCCAUUCCCCACUCCACCUCAGUCCGCCAGCAAGCAAUAAUGUGCCCUUUCUCUCUACGGAUUUGUGUAUUCUGGAUAUUUUAUAUAAAUGAAAUCAUCUAAUAUUUGGCCUUUUGUGUCUGGCUGCUGUCACUUAGCAUAAUGUUUUCAAGGUUCAUUCAUAUUUUACCAUCUAUCAGUGCUCAAUUCCUUUUUUUGACUGAAUAAUAUUCCAUUGUACAGAAUAAUUACAUUUUGUUUAUUCAUCAGUUAAUGGAUUUUUGUCUGUUGUGAAUAGUACUGCUAUGAACAUUUUGUGUUCAAAUUUUUUGUGUGAACACUUGUUUUCAAUUCUUGUUGAGUGGAAUUCCAGAUGAAAUGGUAAUUAUAUGAUUCACUUUUAAAGAAACUGCAAAACUUUUUCAUAGUGACUAUACCAUUUUACAUUCUCACCAGCCAUGUCAAGGGUUCUGAUAUUUACAUAUCUUGCCAGUGCUUAUUUUUCAUUUUUUUAACUCUAGCCAUCUUGGUGAUUACAAAGUGGUAUCUUACGAUUUUGCUUUGCAUUGCCCUAAUUAGACUAAUGAUGUUAACCAUUAUUUGGGGUUCUUAUUGGCCAUUUAUAUAUAUUCUUUGGAAAAGUGUCUAUUCAAGUCAUUUGCCCACUUUUGAAUUGGGUUGUCUUUCUGUUGUUGAGUUGUAAGAGUUCUUAAUGUUUUCUGGACACAAGACUUUAUCAAAUAUAUCAUUUGCAAAUAUUUUCUCCCAUUCUGUGUGAAUUGUCUUUCCCGCACUUCUUAGUGUUCUUUGAGGCACGAAAGUCUUUAAUUUUUAUAAAGUCCACUUUGUCUUAUGUGUCUUGUGCUUCACCUUUGGUUUCAUGGGAUUUUUAUUGAGGUGAAAUUAACAUGACAUAAAAUUAACCAUUUUAAAGUAAACUAUUUAAUAUUCAUUCACAUUGUUGUACGUUCACUAUGUAGUCCUAAAACAUUUUCAUCACCCCAGAAUAAAAUUUUGUAUCCAUUGAGCCCUUAAUCCCCACUCCUUUUUGCUCCCACCCUGUGACAUCUGCCAACCACUUUAUUUCUGUGGAUUUACCUCAUCUGGAUAUGUUUCAUAUAAAUGGAAUUAUACAAUAUGUGACCUUUUGUGCCUGGUUUCUUUCACUGAGCAUACGAUUUUUGAUGUUCAUCCAUAUUGUAGCAUGUUUCUAGUACUUUAUUUCUUCUUAUGGCUGAAUAAUAUUCUGUUGUGUAUAUUUACCUUAAUUUGUUUAUUCAUUCAUCCUUUGAUGACCAUUUAGGUUAUUUCCACCUUUUGACUAUUGUAAAAGUGCUGCUAUAAACACACAAAUACAAGCAAAUGUGUGAGUGCCUGUUUUCAAUUAUUUUAAGUGUUUACCUGGGAAUGGAUUUGCUGGGUUCACCUUUGUUUUUUAGAAAGAUACUAUCCCUGGGUAAGGAAUCUGAGGUUGACUUUUCUCUCUGUCUCUCUCUUUUUUAGUAGUUGAAAGAUGUUGCUUCAUUCCCUUCUAGUUUGUGUUGUUUCUGCCAAGAGAUUGCUGUCAUCCUUACCUUUGUUCCUCUCUAGGUAAUAUGUAUUUCUUUAGCUGCUUUUAAGAAAUUUUUCAUCACUGGCUUUAAGCAAUUUGAUUAUCAUUUGGCUUGCUGCAGUUUGCUUCAUGUUUCCUGGGCUUGGAUUUUGUUGAGCAGCUUAUAUAUGUGAGUUUAUGAAAUUUAUAAAUUUCUUAAAAUUCUUAAAUCCUGCUUCUAUCCUCUCACCUUCCUUAGGGGGCUCCAAUUAGACAUGUAUUAGGCUGCUUAAAGUUAUUCUACAACAGAACAAACGAUGUUCUCUUUAGUUUUUUUCAGUCUUUUUUCUGCAUUUCUUUUGGAUAGUUUUUUUUUUACUAUGUCUUCCAGUUCACUAAUCUUUUCUUCACUACUGUAUAAUCUGCUUUCAGUUCAAUCCAGCUUUUAUCUCAAAUAUUGUAGUUUUCAUUUCUAGAAGUUCAAAUUGGGUCAUCUUUGUGUCUUUUGGGUCUCUCUUUAACAUUCUCAAAGUUUAUUUUCUGGAACAUGUGAAAUAUAAUUUCAAUAACUUUUUUAUAUUCUUGUCUACUAAUUCUAUUAUUCUAUUUGUCAUUUCAUGGCUGGCUUCAAUAAAGUCAAUUUAUCUCAUUAUAUAUCACAUUGUUCUGCUUCUUUGCAUAUGUAGUAAUUAUUUACUAGAUGCCAGACAUUGUAAAUUUUACCUUGGUGUUAGAUAUUUUAUAUGCCUAUACAUUUUUGUUAGCUUUGUUCUGGAACAUAGUUUUCUUAGAAAUAGUUUGAUCCUUCUAGAUCUUGCUUUUAGGGUUUUUUUUCUUUUUUCUUUUUUUUUUGUGCCGAGAUGGAGUCUUGCUCUGUCACCCAGCCUAGAGUACAGUGGUACAAUCUCAGCUCACUGCAACCUCCACCUCCCAGGUUCAAGCAAUUCUCCUGCCUCAGCCUCCCGAGUAGCUGGGAUUACAGGUACAACACCACCAUGCCCAGCCAAGUUUUGUGUUCGUAGUAGAGACAAAGUUUCACCAUGUUGACCAGGCUGGUCUCAAACUCUCGACCUUGUUUUCUGCCCGCCUCGGCCUCCCAAAGUGCUGGGACUACAGGCAUGAGCCACCACACCCCAAGCUGCUUUUAAGUUUCUUUAGACAGAGAAGGGUUUAUCGUAAGGCCAAUUUCUCCCCCAUUACUAUGACAAAACUCUUUCAAAAUCCAUGCCAUGUAAAUUAUGAGAUUUUCUACUUUAGCUGAUUGAAAUAAGCACUAUACCUUGCCCAUGUUCACUUCAGAAUUGUUCCCUUGAAUCUUGUUGGUAGUUCUGUCUCCUGUCCUUAUGCAUAUGCACUGUUCUGUGCCAGGUGGAUACUUAAGGGGGACUAUCUGUAACAGUUCUGUCUCUUUGCAUCUCUCUUUUCUUUAGUACUCUCCCAUAUGAACUGUAACCACCUUGGUUUUUACUUCUAUCAGUAGCUCCUUAACCCAGGGAGUUUGAUGGGCUCUGCCUUAAUUCUCGUUCCUGGCACCACAGCUUGGAAGCUGUCUCUAGGCAAUAAACUAAGACAGUGAUACAGUUUACCUUGUUUGUUUCCUGUGUGUCAGGGAUCACUGUCUUUCACUGCAUAAUGUCCCAUGUCUUUUGACCAUUGCUUCAUUAGUUGGUCCAAAAUAAAAGAGAAAAAAAGUAAUUCUUUUUUGUGUACUGUGUAUACCUACUAAUUCUCAAGAAAUCACCACUUACAGUUAAGAAUCAAGUGUUGGUAUGGAGUUUGUUAAACAGUAGAAAAUUCAGAAUCAUAAAUCAUGCCGCAUUCCCACCAACAAUUGGUCUUUCUUAGCUGCCUUAAACCUUGAUAUUUGCUCUCCUUCUAGUUAUUCAGUAAAUACUUAUCAAAUUCCCACUGUAUUCAACCACUGAUGACAAAAUAGACAUGACUUUUCACUCCUAACAUAACUAACCUUAUUCACAAAGGCCUUAUUUUCUACUGUAAGCACUCAGAGAUUUAUCUUUUACAACUAACUUAAUUUAGGAAGCUCAUCCAGAAAAUGGGACAUGAACAAUCAUCAGUGACCAUAGCUACCUGGAAUUUUGUACCUAGGCAGCAUUGCUAGAUUUGAAAGACGCUUCAAGAUACAUAGGCAAAAUAAAGUAGACUAACUUUGAAAUAAAUUUAUACUGUAUUGAUUGUUUUUCAAAAAAACAAAUUGCAGAAUAAUUUCUAUUUCUCUGGGUUUUAACGUGUGUGUGUGUGUGUGUGUAUGUGUGUGUGUGUACACAGCAUAUACAGAGAGGAUGGGAUUGUGUUUCUUUUUAAACAGAGAAAAAUGAAAAACUCUGAAAAUAUGUCAUGCAAAGAGGACACAAACACCACUAGUCAUGCAUUAACAAUAUAAAAUAAGCUUUAUUGUUGUAAAGUAAGUACUUGAAGGGAUAAAACAUUUAUCUCUGCCCUUUGAGUUGUCUGAUCCAUUCUUCUGCCUCUGACAACUGCUGUGAGUGUUCUUCCAGCAUCCCCAGUGAGCCCAGUCUCUUGGAGUCUGUGGCACAUACAACUCAUAGGACCACACCUCAACAUUUUUAAGGAGAAGACUCGUGUACCUACCACAUGGUCCUAAAAGAACUAGAUCUAAUUAAAGUUCAAAGUCAACCAUAUUUCUAAGACUUCAAUGCCAUUGAAAAACAAAACAAAAAUCCUCCACUAUUUUAUGUACCACUAAGAGGAAUUCCUUAAGAGGAAGAGUGGAGGAUGCUGCUAAUUAAACUAUGAUACAAGGCUUUAUUAUCACUUGAAUUUUUUCAUUUAGACAUACUUUCUUUUAGAGUUUAGGCAGUGAUUUUUAUCAUACAUUGCACAACUCUGUUUCUGUGUUUUUCUUCUGUUUCGAUGAUGAAUCCAUUGUGAUCUUUUUAGCAACUUAAAUGACAGUUGUACUCAACCUGUGAAGGACUAGCCAUACUCAAAACUCAGUUGAAAUAGUAAUAUGAACAGCCAAGACUAAUUUUUUCGUGCAUGGUCUUUAUCAACAGCCACUAUCAGAUGUAUCCUAUUUUCAUAGGAGAGAUUACAAGUAGUAUGAUUUAUAGGGUCCCUUUGCCUUUCAAAAUGUUUAUCUGUUUGUUGGUAUUAAAAAUCCUUUAGUAGGCCGAGUGCAGUGGCUCACACCUAUUAUCCCAGCACUUUGGGAGACCAAGGCAGAUAAAUCACAAGGCCAGGAAUUCAAGACCUGCCUAGCCAACAUGGUGAAACCGCAUUUCCACUAAAAAUACAAAAAUUAUCUGGUUGUGAUGGUGUGUACCUGUAGCCCCAGCUACUUGGGAGGCUGAGGCAAGAGAAUCUCUUGAGCCUGGGAAGUGGAGGGUGCAGUGAGCCAAGAUUGUGCCACUGCACUCUAGCCCAAGUGACAGAGCAAGACUCUGUAUCAAAAAAAGAAGAAAAUCCUUUAGUAGACAACAGUGGCAUUUAUUUCAUUACUAGAAACACAAGGCUUAAAAAAUAACACUUAGAUGAGAAACUACAUUGCCUGAUUUUUUUUAAAUUUAGCAAGUAAACUUUAAAUUCAUCAGUCCAUCAAAAUUCUUUCUCUUACUGGAAUAAUGAUCACCAUAGCCUGGGAAGGUAAAGAUGGGGAAUGAAGAGAGGGUGGUUAAUGGGUACAAACUUGAAGUUAGAUAGAAGGAAUAAGUUAGUAGUAUUUAACUGCAAAAUAGGAUGACUAUAGUUAACAAUAAUUUAUUGCAUAUUUCAAAAUAGCUAGAUUCUAGAUGUUUCUAAUACAAAGAAAUGACAAAUGUUUAAAGUUAUUGAUGUCCUAAAUAUCCCUAUUUGAUUAUUACAUAUUAUAUGCAUGUAUCAAGGUAUCACAUAUACUCUAUACAUAUAUACAAUUAUGUAUCCAUUUAAAAAUUAAUAAUUUUUUAAAAGUCAUUCCCCAUCCAAAACUGUCUUCUGUGCUGUCAAUCAUGACUUACUUUUAAAUGCCCAUUGCCUACAAGACAAUGUCCAGAUUCUUUAACAUGGUGUAGAUGGCCAGUGUGAUUCUAAUCUACUUCUUAUCCUCAUGUUCUGUCAUCUCCCCUCUCCCCAAAUCUUCACUGGCUGUCCCCUCCCACCACUUUGUUACCUUGGAACUUUUCAGUCUCCUUUGUUGACUUCUUUUUCUCUGGCUGUGUCUUCAGUGUUGACAUGCCCCAGGGCUCUAUCUUGUUUGUUUAGGGGAAAAGGGGGGAAAAGCCAAGAAUUUUCAAGUUAGAAAGACUGGUUAUAUGACUUCAGGCAAGUCAUCUUCUGUAAGCCUCAUUUUUCCGAAGUAUAAGGUAGAAAUAAAAAUAAUACUGUAUUGCAUGUUUGCCCCAAAAUGAGAGAGGGUUCAUUCUAAGAUAAGCACUUAGCACACUAACUGGCAUAUGUUAAUCACUCGGUAAAUGUAGGAUCUUAUUUCUGUUAUAGGGUUUCAUUUAUUUUCCUCUUGCUAGCCAUUGUAUUAAUAAAGUAAGUAUUUUUCUAGUAAAUCUGGCAAUUUUUAAAGGAAAUAGUAGUUUCAAAAUUUGAGUAAAUAGUGAUUAUUUUGCCUAUAUAGAAGUUUUAAGAAUAAGCCUGGCAUGGUGGCUCGUGCCUAUAAUCCUAGCACUUUGGGAGGCUGAGAUCAGGAGUUCAAGACCAACCUGGCCAACAUGGUGAAACCUUGUCUCUACUAAAAAUACAAAUAGUAAUCAGGCGUGGUGGUGGGCGCCUGUAAUCUCAGCUACUUGGGAGACUGAGGCAGGGAGAAUUGCUUGAACCCAGGAGGCAGAGGCUGCAGUUAGCCAAGAUCCCACCACUGGAGCAUUCCGGCCUAGGUGACAGAGCAAGACUCUGUCUCAAAAAAAAAAAAGGAAGUAUUCAGAAUAAACAAUAAAAUAUAUUUUAACACAAUAGCAACAUUUUUAAAUGGUAAUUUAAAUAAUUUCUGUGAAGAGGUAUGUGGUACUAAAACCUCAAUUCUGAAGAAUAAUCAACUGCUCUUAUCAAAUGUAAAAGUGUAUUUAAUUGCAUAUAUAGUAAGCAUUUUAGGAGAAAUGUGGAAAAGCUGCAUUUUUGUUUUAUUUAUUGUUUAAUUAAGACAAGUAUUCCUCUGUGAAUACCAUAUUAUAGUGAAUGUUCUUUCUUUUUAAUUUCAACUUUUAUUUUAGAUUCAGGGGUACAUGGGCACGUUUAUUAUCUGGUUUUGUUUGUUUGUUUGUUUGUUUGUUUGUUUGUUUGUUUAUUUCUGAGACAGAGUCUUACUCUGUUGCCCAGGCUGGAGUACAGUGGCACGAUCUUGGCUCACUGCAACCUCUGCCACCCGAGUUCAAGCAAUUCUCCUGCCUCAGCCUCCCAAAUAGCUGGGAUUACAGGCUCCUGCCACUGUGCCCAGCAUUUAUCUGAGUAUAUUAUGUGAUGGAAAGGUUUAGAGUUUAAUACUGUCACUCAGGUAGUGAGCAUAGUAUCCAACAGCUAGUUUUUCAACCCUUGGUUCCCUCUCCCUCACGCCACUGCUAGUUCCCAGGAUCUGUUGUUCCCAUCUUUAUGUCCAUUUAUAGCCAAUGUUUAGUUCCCACUUAUAAGUAAAAAUAUGGAGUAUUUGGUUUUCUGUUUCUGCAUUAAUUCACUUAGGGUAGUAGCCUCCAGCUGCAUUCAUAUUGCUCCAAAGGACACAAUUUCAUUCUUUUUUAUUGCUGCAUAAUAUUCCAUGGUGUAUAUCUAUGACAAUUUCUUUAUUUAAUCCACUGUUUAUGGGCACAUAGGUUGAUUCCAUGUCUUUGUUAUUGUAAAUAGUGCUGUGAUGAACAUAUAAGUGCAUGUGUCUGAUAGAAUUAUUUAUUUUCCUUUGGGUAUGUACCCAGUAAUGGGAUAGCUAAGUUGAAUGGUAGCUGUAUUUUAAGUUCUUUGAAAAAUCUCCAAACUUCUUUCCACAAUGGCUGAACUAACUUACAUUCCUACCAACAAUAUACAAGCAUUCCCUUUUCUCCUCAGCCUCCCCACUUUUGACUUUUUAAUAAAACCUAUUCUGACUGAUGUGAGAUGGUAUCUCAUUGUAGUUUUGAUAUGCAUUUUUCUGAUGAUUAGUGAUGAUCAGCAUUUUCUGAAAAAUGUUUUCUUUUAAAACAAAGAGAAGCUUCAAAUUAACCUGAAUUGUUAUAUUCAAAUUAGAGAAUAUGAAUUACUGAUAAAAUGAAUUUGUUGAAAGUUAAGCAAUAAUAAUAUGUAAGACAAAAAUGAAUAUAAACAUAUUAUUUAAGAGUAAUUAUAGUCUAUUAUCAAUUUUCAGUAAAUAUUAUAACAAAAAUAAUCAUGAAUAUAUAUGUGUGUGUGUGUAUGUAUAUAUGUGAAUACCUAGUAAUUUUGAGAGCUUACUUAAUGCCAGUCAUAGCACUUUAGAAACCACAGAAGUACUUCUUGGGCUAACUGGACUUCCAGAACACAAAACCCCUGAGUUGGCCAGUGUGUCCACACUUCUUGAGGCCUGAGAAGAGCUCUCCAACUGACUGAGCUUCCAUUAAGUUGGCAGGUGUAUCAGUCCAUUCUCACACUGCUAAUAAAGACAUACCUGACACUGGGUACAAUCAAUAAAGGAAAGAGGUUUAAAUGACUCACAGUUCUGCAGGGAUGAGGAGGCCUCAGGAAACUUACAGUCAUGGCAAAAGGGGAAGCCAACACAUCCUUCUUCACAUGGCAGAAGCAAGAAGUGCCAACCAAAGGAGAAAAAGCCCCUUACAAGACCAUCAGACCUUAUGAGAACUCACUCACUAUCAUGAGAACAGCAUGAGGGUAACUGUUUCCAUGAUUAAUUA